AGACCCUUAGCGCGAUAGCACGGGGCUCUGACUGACACAGAACUCACACAACCUAACGCAGAGCAGAGAAGUACAGCUGCGACGGAGAAGGACCAUUUGUUAGGAGCACAAGCACGGCGACGGAGGGAGUGUGUGUCUGUGGUUUGUGUGUGUGUCUGUGGGUGCGUGUGUGUGGGUGGGUGUGUAUGUGAGCUAGGUGGAGGGACAGACGGUGUCCUUGCUAGCCGGAGGACAUACCGUGACAGCACUGCAGAGGGAGGGAUUGUGAAGAACAGAUAGCAGCAUGCUGGUUUGUUUACACUGGCGUCUGUUUGACAGGGGUAUAUUCUUCCAAACGCAGUAUAAGUUUAACAUGUAGGCCAGUUUAUGUACGCGGGAGUCCAGGUUUUUAAGGUUUCUUUAGUGUUGUGUAGUGGACAAUGUUCCAGGAUACAUGUUAGUUUGGAUCGCCCUCAACUUCUGUGGCUGUGUGGUGGAGGCUUACAGUAACAGUACACUUAGCGAUAACAGCAUGGCUUUGUUUAUGUGUGACCUUGUAGUCAGGAAGUGGUGGUCUCAUAGUGUCUGUGUACAGCAUAAAGCUAAGUGAGGCGAUAAUUGUGCACAUGCAGUAUCUAUGCUGUGUUUAUAUGUAACUCUGUGGCUGUUUAUGCGAGUGUGUAUGUGUUUAGUGUAGCGGCGGACACACAGCUAGUCUGUGUGAGGCCCUGAUAGUAAGUCAUGGAGCCUACGGAGCCGUUGUUUAGCGUGAUGAAGCGCUUCUGUCCAUGUCUCAGUCUCCUGCCACUCACAAGCCAGGACUGGAGCCGGAGUGACGAGAGACUGCUGCAGGCCGUGGAGCAGAAGGAAGCAGACAAGGUCUCUGCUCUCAUCGUCAAGAAGAACCUCUGCCCCACCAAGCUGGACACAGAGGGCAAAUCAGCCUUCCACCUGUGUGCGUCUAAGGGUCGUCUGGACUGUCUGGAGGUGAUCAUCUCUCACGGAGCCGACUUGAAAACAACAGACGGAGCAGGCUUCAGUGCUCUCCAUUUAGCAGCCAAGAACGGUCAGCCUGAGUGUUUGAAGAGACUUUUACAGGAGAGAUUAUCUGUGGACUAUACGGAUAGCAUCGGUCGAACAGCUUUGCAUCAUGCUGCCGUCAGUGGCUGCUGGUCCUGUGCUGAGACCUUAUGGGACUUCAAGGCCAAUCUGGACUCCCAGGAUGAGGAAGGAGCCACUCCUCUGAUCUUAGCAGCCCAGAUGAGCAGAGCGGAGCUGUGUGCCUUUCUGAUGGAGCGGGGAGCCAACGCAAACAUCCAGGAUAACCAGGGAAGGUCGGCCCUGAUGCUGGCCUGUGAGAGCGACAGCGUGGAGACGGUGGCGGCUCUGCUGAGGGGCGGGGCCAACACACAGCUCAUUGACGCCCUGGGACACGACGCCGCCCACUAUGGCGUAACCACGGGCAACCAGCGCAUCACACACCUACUGCAGAACGGAGCUCCUCCAGUGGCUGAGGGAGCUGGUGACGAGCCCCCUGCCCUGCCCGUCGUGACAGGUGGCACCACCACCCGCAAGCGGAAAGCCCCCCCACCACCGCGAUCACCCCUCCAGGGCUUGUCCCUCCCUCCAGAGUCUCAGUGUCCUCCCUCCCCCGCUCUGACCCCCGACCCCCAGCCUCGAAGCCCCUCUCCCGCCCCCCCGUCCCCAGGUACAGAGCGACCUGCUCAGGCCAACCUUACAGAGGACGAGGAAGUGUUUGAAGAGAUCCGGCGGCUGCGUCUGGAGAGAGGCCGGCUGCUUCAGAAGAUCAAAGGCCUGGAACAGCAGCAGCAGAGCGCCAUCUCUGCUGUGGAGGAGUUGUCCCAGCUGAAGGAGAAGCUGGUGCAGGCGGAGUCAGAGAGGGACAUGCUCCGGGGGGAGCUGGAGGAGGCGAGGAGGGCCCACAGCUUUGGACCCAGCGACUCUGAGGACCUGGAUGAAAUGCUGGACUUCCCAGAGAAGCUGCUCUCCAGGCGCUCCAGAGCGUCUCCUGCCCCAGACGAGGCCUGCCCCCUGGCCGCGGGGGGGGGCGACCCGGCCGGCUCCUCUCCGGUCCCCAGGGAGCGAGGCUCCGUGGCCCAGCUGCACCGGCAGAUCGCCGAGCUCACCUCGCAGAACUCGGAGCUCCUUCUGAAGGUCCAGAUGCUUGAGAUGUUUGAGAAAGACGAUACAGACAUGCAAAGCUCCAGCCCAGACUUUGUGCCUUUGGUCCGGUAUGAGACCCUGAGGAAAGAGCUGGAGUCCCUGCAGGAUCGCUUAUCCGAGGCCCAGGCUUCUCAAGAGGCCUCCAGCAAUUCAGAAGAGUCGCAGGAUAAGGAGGCCCAGAAGGGAGGUCUGGAGGGGGAGGGCGCCCAAGCCCUGAGGGCGAAGGUGGAGGAGCUGGAGCAGCAGCUGACCUCCUCCAGGGCGGAGGUGGAGGAGCUCAAGGAGCAGAUGGAGCUGGGGGUCUUCUCUGUGGAGGGGCCCACGAGCUCCACCACCGAGCAGGAGGAGGAGGUGGUGGGGGGGGGCCGGCAGGCGGAGACGCAGCAGCUGAGAGCGAGGGUGAGGGAGCUGGAGGCGGCGCUGGCCAACAGCGGGCGGGGGGAGGGGGGCGGGGCGAGCCAGGACAGUGACACCAUCCAACAGCUGAGGGCCAGAGUCGGGGAGCUCCAGGCCGCUGUGGCGGAGAGGGAGUCCUCGGGCGACAGAGGAGACGGAGACGGGGACGAGACGGAGGCGCGGCAGCUCAGGGACACGGUGAGCCGUCUGGAGGCGGAGCUGGCGGAGAGCAGGGCGUCCGGGUGGGAGGAGAGGGGCGGCGGCGGUGGCGGGGACGGGGAGCUGGUGCGGCGGCUGCAGGGGCGCCUGGGCGAGCUGGAGGGCCAGCUGAGGCGCAGCGUGCCGCGCUCGGAGCUGGAGGAGGUGCAGGUGAACCUGGGCGUGCAGUGCGAGCAGCUGGCCCGGGAGAGGGCCGAGGUGGCCAUGAGGCUGAACACGGCGCUGCUGGAGCUGGAGAGGCUCCGGCCGUCCCUGCACCGCGGGGAGGAGGAGGAGGAGGAGGAGGAAGAGGACGACGAGGAGCGCUCUGAGGGCUCGGAGCCGUCCAUCGCGUCCGAGCCGGGCCGGCGGACCCUGGCGUCGGUGCGGGAGGAGCUGGAGGUGGCCCGGCAGGAGGCGGCCCAGGCGCUGGACUGCCUGUGUGCCGAGCGCGAGGGCCGGGCCCAGGAGGCGCUGCGGGCCUCCCCGGACGCCGCGCUGGCCCUCUCCAAACACAAGGAGGCGCUGGCGGCCGUGUCGGAGCAGCUGGCCCAGAGCCUGCGGGAGCUGCAGGGGGAGAAGGCCCAGAGGGGGCGGGACGGCGAGCGCAUCGCCCAGCUGGAGGAGCAGCUCCAGGGACUGCAGGACGCGGUCCCCAAGGAGAAGCACCAGACCGCCCAGGCGGAGCUCCAGCGCACCCUGCUGGCCAGCGAGCAGGCUGCGGCCGCGGCACGGGAGGCUCUGAGUGAGAAGGACAUGGAGCUGAGGGAGCUGAAGGGCCAGAGGGCGGCCGAGCAGGGCCUGAUCUCCAAGGAGCAGCACGAGGCCCAGCGCCUCGCCCUGCAGGCCGACAUCAACUCCCUGACCGCCCGCUUCAACGAGCUCACGCGCAAGCACGAGAAGACCUGCACAGAGGUGUUCCAGGUCCAGAGGGACGCGCUGUUCAACAAGAGCGAGCGGCAGGUGGCUGAGGCCCAGCUGGCCACUGUGCAGAAACAGAUGAGCGACCUGCAGGCCCAGUCCAGCCACGUCCAGGAGCUCCACAAAAACAUCCAGGAGUCCCAGGGCCAGGUCAAGGAGAAGGACCGCAAGAUCACCGACUUGUCCAAGGAGGUGUUUCGCCUGAAGGAGGCGCUGGGAGCCCUGUCUCCUCCUCUAGGCAUCUCCUCCUCCUCCUCCUCCCCCCCCUCUCCCUCUAACCUCUCGCCCGCUCAUCAUAACAAUCCCGGGCAACAGGUGGCGCUGCAGAACAGAGUGGCCAUACUCACACAACAGCUCCAGGAUUGGGAGAGAAGACACAAGCAGGUGGUUGCAGUAUACCGUUCCCAUUUACUGUCAGCGGUGCAGGGGCGCAUGGACGAGGACGUGCAGAGCUUACUCCUCCAGAUCCUGAAGAUGACACACAAAGAGCAGGGUCACUGACCCUGACCUUCCACCACCACCACCACCACCACCACCCCAAACUCAAGCUUUCACUAUGGGGCCCCAUAUAUCAUCCCCCAGGAGACGACCACUAGACGACUAGAUACAUAGAGAAACACCCAACCAAACCCCCGUGUCCUGAAUCUGCAUGCCUUGGUUAAAGUAACGCACAAUGCAAUGAUCUACAAAACAAUCCCUGAACCUUAACCAGGACAGAGGUAAGGUAAGAUACAAGAUAAGGUGAAGCAAUACGAUUACAAAGUGCCUUUGGGGCGAAUGUAUGUUGUUCCUGGUGAAAGAACGAUGACAUUUGAUUGAUUAUUCAUAGAUAAAUAGCGAAGGUAUUCAUUGUGUAAUAUGAAAACUUUUUCUACAAUGUUGUUAUAAUAAAAAAAACAAUCAGAAUAAA